GUUCCAAUUUGUGGCGUGAGCCGGGCCGCGGCGGCCGCACAGGCUCCGGGCCCCGCGGGCGAGCGCAGCUGCGGCUCCGAGCGCGCGCCGCCCGGCCCCGCUCCGUGUCCCCGCCGGACGCCCCGCGAUGCAGCCCGGCCGGUGAUCCCCCGCCGCCGCCGCUGCCCCGGGGUCGUCCCGCUGCACAACUACCUCAGCACCCGUUCCGCCCGCCGCGUCCCCAGGUUUUUGCCCUGCCCUAGGGUGCCCCUGUGAGGCCGCUCCGGGACCCCACCAUGUUCCAGCGCCUCACCAGCCUCUUCUUUGGCGCUCCCCCGACCCCUGAAGACUCCGAGUGUCCAGGCGCCUUUGUCUCGGAGGACGAUGAGGUGGACGGCUGGCUUAUCAUUGACCUGCAGGACAGCUACACAGCUCCAGGGGCCACCGCUGCCCCCGUGGGCCGUCCUCCACCCGCGCCCUCCUUGAUGGACGAAAGCUGGUUUGUUACCCCUCCCGCCUGUUUCACUGCAGAGGGGCCAGGCCUCGGGCCUGCCCGCCUCCAGAGCAACCCCCUGGAGGACCUCCUCAUCGAGCACCCCAGCAUGUCCGUUUACGUCACCGGCAGCACCAUAGUGGUGGAGUCUGGGCCCCCUUCCCCGCUGCCGGACGCUGCCCUGCGGGAUGGUGACCUUAGUGAUGGAGAGUUGGCGCCCGCCCGCCGCGAGCCCCGUGCCCUGCACCAUGCCGCCGCCACCGGCGCUGCUCCUCUGCCGGCACGGGCCGUGCUGCUGGAGAAGGCCGGCCAGGUGCGACGGCUGCAGCGGGCCCGGCAGCGCGCCGAGCGCCACGCGCUGAGCGCCAAGGUGGUGCAGCGGCAGAACCGCGCCCGGGAGAGCCGCCCGCGCCGGCCCAAGCACCAGGGCAGCUUCGUCUACCAACCGUGCCAGCGCCAGUUCAACUACUGAGCGGGUGCUGGCCAGGCCAUGAACCCCCUCACCCUCUCCCAAUCCCCGUCUCGGGGCACCUCCACCAC